AUGUGGACAUGGCUCUCGCCGAAGAAAAGAAGGAGUCAAAUCGAUUAUAUACUAACGAAUAGAAAAGAAAACAUCUCAAACAUAGAAAUUAUAUCAAAUCUAACGUUUCCCAGUGAUCAUCGACUUUUAAGAAGUACACUACAGAUUGCACCGAUAAAGAAAAGUAGAGCAAAUUUCAAAAAUUAUAAAACCAAAUUGAGUACUUUGGAAGAAAGAGAACAAUUUAUACAAUCCUUAAAUACAAACAUAAACAAAAUUGAAUGGGAAGAAAAUGAAAAUAUAGAGUCCUCAUACGCCAAAAUUAAAAAACCAAUAAUCACUAGUUUAAAUUUAAUUCGACAGAAACCAACAAGAAAACGGGAGACCGUCCCUGUUCACAUGAAAUCUCUUAUUGCUAGAAGAAGUGAAUUGAUUCAGAAGAAAUCCCUAACGAAAGAAGAAAAAGACGAACGUACAUACCUCUACAAGAACAUCUACAAAUUAAUGAAACGAGAACGCACAGAACGCAGAAUAAAAGAUAUCAAAACUCACCUCGAAUCAACAGGCAGUUUAAAAAGGUCUUAA